GUCCCUCUCCACCGCCCUCCAGCCUCCCUGCUCCGCCCCCGGGGAGAGGUCCAGACCCAAAGCAGCUGCAGCCGCGGAGCGGCUGGAGGGCGCGAGGAGGAGCGCGCGACCGAGCCCGGCGCAGCAUGACUGCCAUCGCCGUGCAGGUCUUGAAUGGAGGACAGCGAGCAGGUGGAAUGGGGGAAAGGCUCCCCAAGGAGGCCCAGAGGCUGCUGGCCCAGAGAAGGCCCCAGCGGCCCUUCUUGGAAUCCUUCAUCCGGGCCCUCAUCAUUGUCUGCGCUGCCCUGGCCUUGGUCCUGUCCUCUGUCUCCAUCUGCGAUGGCCACUGGCUGCUGGAUGGAGACCGCCUCUUCGGGCUCUGGCACUUCUGCACUUCCUCCAACCAGACGGGGACACACUGUCUCAGAGACCUGAGUCGGGCGCAUGUGCCUGGGCUGGCCGUGGGCAUGGUCCUGGCCCGCAGUGUGGGCGCCUUGGCCGUGGUGGCUGCCAUUUUGGGCCUAGAGCUUCUCAUGGUGUCCCAGGUGUGUGAAGACCUCCACUCACGGCGCAAGUGGGCCAUGGGCUCUGUCGUCCUCCUCAUCUCCUUCAUCCUCUCCUCCGGGGGCCUCCUGAGUUUCGUGAUCCUCCUCUGGAACCAUGUCACGCUCACUGGCUUCACCCUGAUGUUCUGGUGCGAGUUCACGGCCUCCUUCCUCUUCUUUCUGAAUGCCAUCAGUGGCCUGCACUUAAGCAGCAUCACCCACCCCUGGGGCCAACCAAGGAAAUUUUAGGCCCCCCUCCUAAAUCCGAGGACUGCGGUUUCUGCAAGAAAGUGUGGUCAAGAUGGGACUUUGCCAACAGGAGACCUCCGGUGGGGGUGGGGGGAGG